GGAGCUCAGACACAGCUCUGUAUCUCCUACAGAAUUACUAGAAUGGACAAAGCCCCUCAGACCACUCCAAAUUUGACUGGAACACUCAUGGGACCACUAAAUAUGGAUGCCAGUCUACUCAUCACAGAACUUUGACUUGAAUAGGAAUGUCUGUUCUAGUAAUUGUAUUUCUAUACAUGCCAAAUUUGACUACUGAUUAGCGUGGUGGUUGAUAAUGGGGAAUGUGACGAUUACUCCAUUAGAUAAUUGUGAUUAAGAUUGCAAUUUGAUCACAGUGAAUUAAUGCUGUGACUAUGAUUGAUGUAAUUGUGUCACUAUUCCUUGCUGCUUUGUAAUACAGGGCUCCCUUGUAAAAGAGAGCUUGGUCUCCAUGGCCCUGCUAAAAUAAAGGUUAAAUAUGCAAUGAUGGUGAAUGUGAAAGUUGGCCCUGUGGUUGUAGGCCAAAUGGUAGGAUGUGUGUCUAUAGGUAACUGUAUUUGGGUAGUUGGUUCUGUGGUUGUAGGCCAAAUGGUAGGAUGUGUGUCUAUAGGUAACUGUAUUUGGGUAGUUGGCUCUGUGGUUGUAGGCCAAAUGGUAGGAUGUGUGUCUAUAGGUAACUGUAUUUGGGUAGUUGGUUCUGUGGUUGUAGGCCAAAUGGUAGGAUGUGUGUCUAUAGGUAACUGUAUUUGGGUAGUUGGCUCUGUGGUUGUAGGCCAAAUGGUAGGAUGUGUGUCUAUAGGUAACUGUAUUUGGGUAGUUGGUUCUGUGGUUGUAGGCCAAAUGGUAGGAUGUGUGUCUAUAGGUAACUGUAUUUGGGUAGUUGGUUCUGUGGUUGUAGGCCAAAUGGUAGGAUGUGUGUCUAUAGGUAACUGUAUUUGGGUAGUUGGCUCUGUGGUUGUAGGCCAAAUGGUAGGAUGUGUGUCUAUAGGUAACUGUAUUUGGGUAGUUGGUUCUGUGGUUGUAGGCCAAAUGGUAGGAUGUGUGUCUAUAGGUAACUGUAUUUGGGUAGUUGGUUCUGUGGUUGUAGGCCAAAUGGUAGGAUGUGUGUCUAUAGGUAACUGUAUUUGGGUAGUUGGUUCUGUGGUUGUAGGCCAAAUGGUAGGAUGUGUGUCUAUAGGUAACUGUAUUUGGGUAGUUGGUUCUGUGGUUGUAGGCCAAAUGGUAGGAUGUGUGUCUAUAGGUAACUGUAUUUGGGUAGUUGGUUCUGUGGUUGUAGGCCAAAUGGUAGGAUGUGUGUCUAUAGGUAACUGUAUUUGGGUAGUUGGCUCUGUGGUUGUAACUGGUAGAUGUGGUUGUAUCCUGACUCUCCACCCUUCUCACAAAGUGUGCACUUUCACACUUCUUGUCGUGGAUGUGACAUGGAUGGAAACGCCCUCUAGUCACUAUUUACACCAAUCCAACUCUUUUAAAUCCAUGAUGGCGAGUGUGCAAGUGCAAACUUUGGGAGUAUGCAAAUGUUGUCCAUAGACAGAAUGUGACUUACUGAAUUUGAGGAUGGUGAUUGAUUACGACGUGGUCAUCAAUGCAUGCUGUGACUCCGGUAGGAUGGUGGAGGUAGUCGGGUCUGUAGUUGUAAAUCUAAGAUGUGCUCUCUGUCUAUAGGUGAUUGUGUGUGGUGUUUCUUUCUCUC